GGACAUGACAGUGAAGUGCGCGUGCUUUCCGCAUUCCGCAGCUGUGAGCGCACCGCACGCACCGCACGGCACCGCAGCCCGGACCGGACCCCGGACCCCAGACCCCGGACCCGGACCCGGGAGCCGUCCACGGGACAGGACCGUCGGUGGACGUCAGGCGGACAUCCGAGCGGCAGCUCCGCCGCCGCCGCGCUCCUCUGCCCGACUCUGGAGGCCAUGCCCGUCUGGUUGUCCUGAGGACCAUCGGGACUGGAGCGGUGAAGCAGCAUGGCCGUCUUCAAGCCGGAGAACGUGGAGGACUUCUACGAGAUCGGAGAGGUUCUGGGGAGUGGCCACUUCGGCCAGGUGCGCCGGGUGUGUGAGCGGUCCUCCGGGACCAGCUGGGCCGCCAAGUUCCUGAAGAUCCGCAAGAGCGCCUGCAGCCGCAUGGGCCUGGACCGCGGCAGCGUGCAGCGCGAGGUGGACAUCCUGCACGCCAUCCAGCACCCCGGCGUGGUGGGCCUGAAGGACGUGUUCGAGAGCCGGGCCGAGGUGGUGCUCAUCCUGGAGCUGGUGAGCGGCGGCGAGCUGUUCGACUUCAUCGCCGAGAAGGAGAACCUGCUGGAGAGCGAGGCCAUCGAGUUCAUGAAGCAGAUCCUGGAGGGUCUGGGAUUCAUGCACAGCAAGAGCAUCGCACACUUUGACCUGAAGCCGGAGAACAUCAUGCUGUCGGACAGAGCCUCGCCGCAUCCCAGGAUCAAGCUGAUCGACUUCGGCCUGGCUCACCUGUUCAGCCCGGGGGAGGAGUUCCGGAGCACCAGCGGAACGCCGCAGUACAUCGCUCCGGAGGUGAUCAACGCCGAGCCUCUGAGCACAGCAGCAGACAUGUGGAGCAUCGGAGUCAUCACCUACAUUCUACUAAGUGGUCUUUCGCCGUUCCAAGACCACACCGAUGAAGACACCCUGAAGAACAUCCUGUCCAUGAAAUACGAGUUUGAUGAGCGUUACUUCAGCAUGACCAGCUCUCUGGCCAAAGACUUCAUCCAGAAGCUGCUGGUCAAGAGCCCCAGCGAGAGAAUGACGGCCGAGGAGAGUCUGCUCCACCCCUGGAUCAAGCCCAUCACCCGCAAGCAGGCGGCCAAGAGGAACCGCUCCUCCAUCAAUAUGAAGAACUUCAAGAAGUUUAACGCCAGGAGGAAGUGGAAGAUGUCCUUCAACAUGGUGUGGGUCUGUAACCGGCUGGCGAGCUGGAACCUGCGGAACAAGACCAGCUCGGAACCCGAUCCUCUGGAGAGACAGUGUGAAAGCGACGUGGAGGACACCGAGACCAAGACCGCCUCGCUGCUGCGGCGCCGCCUGAGCAGCAGUUCAUGA